AUGCCCUGUUUAUUCAGCGGGAAUUAUUUAAGCCGUGUUUGGUAUUAUUGUGAGUCAGAGACAAGCCUAAAUAAGCUUCGAGCUAUGCUUGCAGAAACUCGUCACCAACACUGGAGUUCGCCUGACAGGAAUCUAACACUCGACUGUCAAAGAGAUCGUACUGUGGAGUAUGGACAGCAACCUGCAUCCAGCCCAAAAAGUAACUUCUUGGGCUUUGAGGUGGACGUCGAGCUCAUCUGGAACAACUGGGACCCGGGGAGAGAGUUCACCAAGACCUUGAUCAUAAAGAACACACAAACAAAACUGCAGAGAACACUAUUCAGGCCUCCUCUUUCAAAGUAUUUCACAUCCUUGGCUCGUCAGAAAAUUGUUGUCCGUCCAGGAUCGUCUUUCUCAGUACCAAUAACUUUUAAACCACUCGAUAGGUGUAACUAUGAAGACACUGUUGAGUUUCAAAGCGGAUUUGGCAGCUUCCAAGUCACGCUCCGAGCCCCAGCGCCUUGUCACGCCCUCAAAGUGCCAGAGAGUGUGCUGAUGCCACUCUGUGCUGCCCAUCACUCCACACAGACCACGUUUGUGUUAAAAAACAUCAGUAAGCUCACCACUUUCUUCCAUUGGGAGUAUUCACAACCAUUCACGCUGAGUCCAAAUGAAGGAAAGUUAAAGCCGGGUCAUGGACUGGACAUCUCUGUGACCUUCCACCCUCAGGAAGCUGUGGUCCAUCAGCAGAGUGUCUCCUGCAGGUUUGGGAAUCAGGCGGACAACUUAGAGCGCUGCUGCAGCCUUCUGCUUCAAGGACAAGCCAAGCACCCUUACCUUGAAUUUAAAGCUCACACAAACCAAAAAAAGGGACUCGAUCAUGUCCCAGUGUUGGAUUUUGGUGGUGCUGCAGUUGGCCACACUUUGCAUAGUCACUUUGAGAUUUAUAACCCUUGUCCUGUUCCCGUCUGUUUCACUCUUUCCAGAUUGCCCGGUGGUAUUCCCCUGUUGGGCUCAGUUUUCCGGUGCGACGUGACCAGUGCCGAGGUGGCUCCCGAAGCUGUAUUUCAGUGGGAUGUGGACUGCAGCGGCCUCAGUGUGUUUUCUAUCCAACCAGCAGAGGGCACUAUACCGCCACAAAGCCACAUCUCAUUGACUGUUGUAUAUAAACCCACACAAACUAGUAUUCACUACAGGAGAGUGGCCUGUCUCAUUCUACACAUGGAGCCAGUAUUCAUUAACCUUGUUGGUAACUGUCCCAUUGAGAAGCCAUUUCAACAGUUACUGGAAUCAAGCAAAGUUCAUAAGCAUUCCUUUCAUACCGCUGCAACACCAAACGCUGAGUAUUUCCUGUCGUGUCUCGGUGGCAAAGAUCCACCCUGUUCACCCCCUCUUCUGUCCGUCACACCAAACACUCUCGCUUUCAACCAGAAAGUCUUCUCUCUCCCUGAAAACCUAUCAUCUCAAAAGGCCCUGACGAUUACCAGUCACAGCAAACUCAAACUCAGACUGGAGUGGACAGCGGCGGCAGGUUCUUCCUUCUCCGUAUCGCCUUUGUUCUGUGAGCUUCCGCCGCGUCAGUCCACUUCCUUUAGAGUAAAGUAUCAUCCAAAGCAGCUGAACGCUUUGCAUGGAGCACAACUGGAGUGUUUUGCAUACCCCAUGGAGAACGAUGAGGGCAAUAGAAGAAGCGUACUGCCCUCCUGUGUGACUGUGAAAGUGGUGGGACAUUCGUAUGAACCCGGAAGAAAGCACAGUGUACCUCGAUGUUCACUCCAGCCCUGUCUUGUGGAAUUCCCGCCCGUAAACAUGGCUUCACAGCGCUCAGUUCUCCUCGUGAAUACAGGAGACCUCCCUCUCACCUUCGAUUUGAACUCAGAGCUGGACCAGGCUCUGGCUCAGGCCGCCUCUCUGGUUGUGGUCCCCAGCUGUGGUCUGGUCCCACCACAGUCUCAUCAAAUCCUCUCCCUCAGAACCAUCCCCACUGAAGACAGCCCCGAAGAAGGCCUCACAGUGCAACUGCAUUUCAACGCCUCAAAAUACACACAGAUCAUAGACGUCUGUGGAGAGGGCAGUUUGUCUCAUUGUAGCACCAAGGAGUUGUGGAGACUUCUGUCACUGAAAGAUCUGAACGAGUCGCUGCAGUUCAGCCCCUGUCCUGCAGAACUGACCUACAGCACUCCCACCAGGCACAGGUCAGACACUUCAAGUAGGCGCAAGACGCAACCGAGGCGACACAGCCCUGCAAGACGCAAAGGCCAGGCCACUGUCAUGAAAAAUAAAGACGGGCAGCCCAUUCUGCCAACGCAGGACAUCGUUGCCCAGAACCCGGUGUCCCAUCCCAACCUGCAAGACGCAAGGUUAUGGGUAACCUCACUGGGGUUGCGCGGCACCCAGCACACGUUCCCCAAAGGACGUGCCUGUUGCUAA